CAAGACGAAGUGGAACUUCGAGGGGAAAACUCAGAGAUGAUCUGAAGUUCUUAAAAGUAUUUGACAUCGCUAUGGAAACAGAAUUCUUUGCUGGUAAUCAUUCUUUGCUUCAAUUAUAGCACACUUCUUCCUCAAUCUCGGUUUUAUAUAGGCUUUAAGUCAGUGGCAAUUGACAAUGCAAACAAAAGCUGAGAUUGGAAGUUAAAUGCAUUCACCAAAAAAUAACUGAAAUGGUUUUUCGUCGUGCAUGGCAGUUAGAUGCUUUAUAAAUGGGAAGUUUCUGCAAUAUUUGCAGGGAAACCCGAUUUUCCAAGGCAAUGUUUUAUUUUUUGCUUGAUUCUGCUCUUCACUCCGUUGUCAGUUUAGCCUACAUUUAACUGAUCUUAGUAGCAGAAAGCAAUUUUUAUUUGUGUCCUUCAAGGCAGCUUCAAGGCAGUUUUCGGUUUGGCUAUUUGUUUCAAGUGUAUUAGUCUAUAAAUAAAUCUCUGCUAAAAUUCGUCAUCUCUCCCAUGUCUCAUUCGACUAGUAGUUGUUCUGAAAUGUUUAUUGCUUGCCUACAUUUAACUACCUAUAUGUUUAAUAUAACACACAUACAUGAAUGAUUCAUUUCGGUUGCCUAUCCUGACGUGAAGUUUGUUCUAUAUAAAGUAUUUGACUCUGAUAUGUGUCCCACAGAAAGUAUUUGACUCUAGCCACAAAAUUAAGGACAUUUGAAGGGGGGAGGGUUUCGGCAAGGCCAUUUUCUUGCCUGCCGAAAUCCACAUUUCAGAACAACCACUCGUCGAAUAAGACAUGGGAGAGAUGACGAAUUUUGGCAAAGAGAUUUAUUUAUAGACUAAUACAUUUGAAACAAAUAGCCAACCCGAAAACUGCAGACAUUACUAGUGCCUCCCCCGUGAUCAAACCGCCAUAAAAAAUAUCAAAUGAAACGCAGUCUAACUUAAUCAUUGACAGCUGCCUUGAAGGACACAAAUAAAACAUGCUUUCUGCUAUUAAGAGCAGUGAAAUGUAGGCUAAACAAUGGAGCGAAUAGCAGAAAUCUCAACUAGCAAACAAGUCGCAGCAAUGAAGAAUUGAGUGUGUGCACGUUCACUCGAAGGGGGGGAGAGAAUUCUGGCAGGGGGGAGAUUUUCGGCACAACACAGGUACUCAUUUUGGGUGCCGGUAGUGUUUAUAUUUAGGUGCAGUAGCGACACAAUACUUUUGAGCCAAUAUUCUAUAAGAGGAACAGGAGAUCAAGCAGUAGAACAUUUGAGGUGCCGGUACUCAAUUCCCGUGAGCUCCUUCCCAAAUCAAGCACUGUGCGAGAUUUUAGUUCUGGGUUAACCGAGAUUAAUGUAUCACACAGGUAUUCCGAAAAUUCCUUAUAUACCCAACGCUGGAGCUCGAAACGUCUUGUGUUUCCAACACUACAAUGCAGAAGAAGUGCUGCUGGGCAGACGUAUGGAGGACUGGCUGAGAUUCUCAGUCUGUUACUGGCACUCCUUCUGUGGGACUGGUGCCGACCCUUUUGGGUUCCAGACACAACACAGACCCUGGAAUGAGGGUGCUACCCCCAUGGAAUGUGCCAAGAAGAGACUCCAUGCAGCCUUUGAGUUCUUCACCAAACUUGGUGUGAAGUACUACACCUUUCAUGACAGGGACAUGUCCCCUGAGGGAAGCACUCUGGAGGAGUCCAACAGCAACCUGGAUGAGAUGACAGACCUGGCCCUGCAGCUGCAGAAUAGGACUGGGGUCAAGGUGCUGUGGGUCACCUGUAAUCUGUUUGCUCACUCAAGGUACAUGAAUGGAGCAGCAACCAACCCUGACUGCCAUGUUUUGGCCUAUGCUGGGGCCCAGGUGAAGAAAGGACUGGAUGUAGCCAAGAAGCUGGGAGCAGAGAACUUUGUCUUCUGGGGCGGCAGGGAGGGUUUUCAUUCGAUACACAACACUGAUGUUGGCGCUGAACUGAAACAUAUGGCAAACUUUUUCAAAAUGACUGUCAAGUACAAGGAGAAGAUAGGGUUGAAGUGCCAGUUCCUCAUUGAACCCAAGCCCAAAGAGCCAUGCAAACAUCAAUACGACUAUGAUGCAAUGAGUGUCAUAGGCUUCCUGAAGCAUUAUGACCUGGACAGCCAUUUCAAACUGAACAUCGAACCCAACCACACCACUCUGGCUGGGCAUUCCUAUGAACACGACGUCGUCAUGGCCUCUGUGUUUGGCAUGCUGGGCUCUGUGGACUCCAACACGGGUUCUCCUGACCUGGGCUGGGACACAGAUCAGUUCCCCAUGGACAUCAGGAACACCACCAUGAUAAUGAAGACUGUGAUAGAGCAGGGUGGUCUGCAGCCGGGGGGUCUGAACUUCGAUGCUAAGGUGCGUAGGGAGUCCACGGACUUGGAGGACCUGUUCAUAGCCCACGUCGGAGCCAUGGACGCCUUCGCACGCGGCCUGAGGAACGCAGUCAGAAUCAUAGAGGAAGGAGUUAUCACCAGCAUGGUCAAAGAGCGCUACAUGAGCUUCAGCCAUGGGAUUGGUCAGAAAGUAGAGGAUGGCAGCACCUCAUUGGAGGAGCUGGAGGACUUUGUCAAGCAAAAUGGGGAGCCCAAGGUCACAUCAGGCAAACAGGAGAAAUAUGAAACGGUCUUUAACCACUACCUUUGAAGACAUGUGGUGAAGUCUUGUUUGACCAUGAAAUCCCUUGUCCUGAGUGAUAUUUUGUCCAUCCAGACCUUUCAUAAUAGUAUGCUUAGAGUGAUAUAGUUUCACGUGACUAACUAUUAUUACAGUUAUAGUAUAAAGAAUUAAUCAGUGGAGGAGUCUUGUGAAUGUGGACUAUUUUAAUGCACACUCCUGUAAUGUUGACAUAUGAUUAGAUUAUGAGGCCAUCAAAGGUAAAGACCAGAAAUAUGAAUUUAAUUUAGUAUAAAUUACAUGGCAUUUCAAAUACUGAAUUAAGGAAUUAACUAAUUGAUCAGUUUUUCAUACUGGAGUUGAAUAAAAAGAAGCAAACCCUA